AUGUCGUGGCAGCCGUACGUGGACGAGCACCUGCUCUGCGACAUCGACGGCUAGCGCCUCGCUGCCGCCGCCAUCUUCGGCCACGACUGCUCCGUCUGGGCGCAGUCCAACACCUUCCCGCAGGUCAAACCUGAGGAAAUCACUGCAAUAAUGAAGGAUUUCAACGAACCAGGAUCUCUGGCACCAACUGGAUUGCACCUUGGUGGUACAAAAUACAUGGUUAUCCAAGGUGAACCUGGAGUUGUUAUACGGGGGAAGAAGGGAACUGGAGGGGUUACUGCCAAGAAGACCAAUCUAUCCAUCAUCAUUAGAAUAUACGAGGAACCGAUGACUCCAGGCCAGUGCAAUAUGGUUGAACAGGGUUUCUGA